CCACAUAAUGUUUUUGUCCCAAUAAUUAUUGCACCAAAACAAACAAAUUUGUUUCUCAAACUUACCAUAAACCAUACCUCAAAUCAUAAAGCUUCUAAAAACUACUUGACAUGAAAACUCUAAGCAAUCCUUUACUAUUUUUUCUCCUGUUCAUUACCCUUGUACAUGCAUACUCCCACCAUAAGACUACCAAUGACCUUGUGACCACUACAUGCAAGCAAACACCCGACCCGGUACUAUGCGAAGCCGAGCUCCGGUCCGACCCACGGAGCUCCAAGGCUGCUGACACUCAAAGCCUGAUCCUGAUCAUGAUAGACGAUGUUAAAACCCGGUUUUCGGACUCACUUCAAUAUGUUGAGGAGUUGGCCCGGAAGACCCAUGACCCGGAUACCAUCCGGGCCUUGAAGCAGUGUAUCCGGCUUUACAGGGUUGUGCUGGAUACAAGUAUAGAUUUAGCAGUUAGAGCGGUGAAGCAAGGGAAUCCAAAGUUUGGAGAACAAGCCAUGGUGGAUGCAGGUAAUGAGGCUGAGGCGUGCCGGAUGGCGUUCCCGGAGGAUAAGGUUCCGGGCCCAAUUCCGGGUCAGACACGGAUGCUUCAUGGUGUAUCUAAUGUGGCUGCUUCUAUGAUUAAGGAUUUGGAGUGAAGUUUUAGUUCCUUGUGUGGUAAAUACCAAGAGUAUUUGUUAAGUCCUUCAACAUACUUCCUAGUACCAAAUAAAUGUCUCACAAGCCGUGUCUAAUUUCUUUUAAUUCGUCUGAUUCAGAAAAAAGUUGUACAAAGAACAUUAUCCAAGUUACAAAAUUAAGAAAGUGGCAUACUAUUUAAAGACAACUUAUAAUAAAAAUGGCAAAUCUUGUAUCACCUUCACAUAUGUGAUCCUAAUUCGCAAGUAACUUUUGCAAAGUUACAACUUUAUUAAAAAAAAAAAAAAAAAAAAAAAAA